AGUCAACAUUAUCUUGACAUCUUCUAGUGAGAAAAACUGCUGGUGUGGUAGAUUCAGAAAAGAAGACGGAUUUUACCCAGGACAAGAUUGGUUUAAUAUCAGUAGACCACAAGAUUAUUCUUCUAUGGUGUUUAUAAUGGUCUAGACUUCGUUAAAUAUUCAUAUGGCGUCGAAUUCAGCAAAUACGACCAACUCAAAAUGGCGGGACCGAAUGCUCAAUUUAGAGACUUCAUAGAGAAAGACAUGCCGCCAGUUUCGCAAGGUAAAGGUGGAAAAAGAAAGGGCAAGUUUAAAAGAUCUGAUGGCAGUUUCUCUGACAGUUCAAACAGCGUUAUCAGACAGGGCUCAGCUGACUCGAAUUACAGCCAACCAUCAUCUGACUUGUCCAUAGACGGAGAUAGAGAAGCCUUACGAUGCGAAACAGAGCGCCAAGCAGUCUCCCAACUUGAAAAAGCCAAAACAAAACCAGUUGCGUUUGCUGUACGAACCAAUGUGCCAUACGAUGGAUCAUUAGAUGAUGAUUCUCCUGUCCAUGGUCAUGCGGUUUCAUUCGGUGUUAGAGAUUAUUUACAUAUUAAAGAGAAAUUCAACAAUGACUGGUGGAUAGGGAGGUCAGUAAAAGAAGGUUGUGAUGUUGGCUUCAUACCAAGUCCUGCCAAAUUAGAGGCCCAGAAAUUACAAUCUGCGGGUGGCGGACGAACAGGCAAAUUAUAUACAAAUAAAACCAACUCUUCCUCGAACAUAGACAACCUUCUAGCUAAUUCAAAGUCUUCUAAUUCACGCGGCUCAACACCACCCACACCAGGUAUCGAGGGUGAUCAAAAUGGUAUGGAUAGUAAUGUUGGGGAGGAUAGUGAUAGUUUGGGUAAUAAAGCAAGUAUUACACCUCCAGCUAAAGAAAAACGUAAACCUUUCUUUAAAAAGUCUGAAAGUAUUCCUCCCUAUGAAGUUGUGCCUUCAAUGCGACCAGUUGUUUUGAUUGGCCCCUCUUUAAAAGGUUAUGAAGUAACAGAUAUGAUGCAAAAGGCAUUGUUUGACUAUAUUAAACAUAGGUUUGAAGGGAGAAUUAUCAUUACUAGAGUGACUGCUGAUAUAUCCCUAGCUAAGCGCUCAGUGUUGAACAAUCCAAGUAAACGUGCAAUUUUGGAAAGACCAAAUAGUCGAUCUUCAGGACUUGUGGAAGUUCAGGCAGAAAUUGAGAGAAUAUUUGAGUUGGCUAGAACAUUGCAACUGGUUGUUUUAGAUUGUGACACUAUUAAUCACCCUUCCCAGCUAGCUAAGACAUCCUUGGCUCCUAUUGUAGUAUAUGUCAAAAUUGCUUCACCUAAGGUUUUACAGAGGUUAAUUAAGUCACGAGGAAAAUCACAGAGUCGUAAUAUGAACGUACAGUUAGUAGCUGCCGAUAAAUUAGCUCAGUGUAGUCCGGAAAUGUUUGAUGUAAUCUUAGAUGAGAAUCAAUUACAAGAUGCUUGUGAACACUUGGCUGAGUUUUUAGAGGCAUACUGGCGAGCUGCACAUCCACCUAAUAUGAAUCCUCAGUCCCCUCGACCUCACGCCCGCUCGUUGCCUUCUCCUACUACACCCCUCUCACGCCAUAAUACAGUCCCAGCUCAUGUCUCACAUUCUCACACCCAUAACAUGGAUCGUGGUAACCCUGGCAGCCCAGAGCAACAUGGCCGUGGUGGCCAUGACAGUUUUGAUCAUGUGACAGACAGGGGACAUAACCGCGAUGUACAUUUAAAUGAAUAUGAUAGAGAGAACUAUAACAGAUCGCGUGAUUACGAACGAUCGAGGGAUUAUAAUUCCCAGGACUAUAGCGAUUCAAGACGACGUGCUCACGAUCACGACAAACACCAUUCUUCGCCACGGAGCAACAAAUACCCACCAGUCAGACAGGGCAGUAUAGAUAUUUAGCACUGACUUAUUUAGUGCUUUAAUUAUUAUUAUUAUUAUUAUUAUUGUGUUAUAACUUCCAGCUUACUAUUAAUUCCUACAUGCGCUGUGAAUGGUUUCCCUCGGUUUUUUCCCCCUUUUCAGCCUUCCCUUUUAUUAUACAAACGAACGCUGUUAAAACACAAACACAACACAUUCAAUUUUUCUAAGACAGUUUGUGCAACCACCAUUCUACGAUGUUUUCACAUAACUGGAAAGAAAAUGUCCAUUUUUUUUUCUAAUUAGUUUAUGAAAAAACCCUGUAAAAUAGACGCCAGGACGUGUUUCUGUACAUAUAUAUCUAUGUGUGAUCUACUAGCGUAUGUACAAAUAUUGUGUGAUAUAUAAAAGGUUUAAUAUCGAUAUAAAGUGAUAACAUGAAAAAAUACAUAAACAUACAAGACCAGAAUUAUGUGUGUGUUUGUUUAACAUAGAAAGAAUCUAUGGAAGAGUGGUAGUGGCAUUAUUAAAAGUGUUUUUAAAACUAAACUUAAUAAAAAGGGGGAAAUAAGCUGUAUAGUGGACUCAAAAUCCAAAAUGUGAUGUGCAAGGAUUAUUGCUGUUAAAAUGGAUUAUCACGUUAUUAGACUUAUUUGUGUAUAGAGCCUCAUCUGGGAUUAUUAGACAGUACAGGUGAUCAAUUAAUUAAAAGACAAUUACUAAUUGAUUAGACACAAUCCAGUUAAUGAAUUUGAGCAAUUAAACAACUGUAUGAAGUUGGCUCAAAUUGUGGUUUUUUUUUGUCAUAUUUGCUCAAAUGUUGCUCUUGAGCUUAUUUAUUUGUUUAUUAUUUUUUUUUGUCAGUAAUCCAAUUUUCACUGCUAAAAUUCAUCAUUUAACAAUUUUCUAAUCCAUAUUAUAUUUGUAUAGAGGUGUAAAUGUGAGAGAAAUAAACUAGAGUAUCUUAAAUCCAUAAUUCACCCACAAAAUGGUGUAUUAAAAUGUCAAAAACCUGAAGCUAUAUCUAGUCUUUAUAACACCUUAGACUACAAGCAUGACAUAUAUAUGUGUUUUUCAUAAAAACAUUACAUGUAAUAUUGUUCUCUG